AUGGCUUCACAAAUGCUAUUCUUUAUCGUCCUCUCCCUUGCAAUAUUAUCUUGUUCAUGGGGAUAUCAACAAGAGGAGAAUAUUGUGUUUUACUUGCAAGACAUAGUGAGCAAACCCAAUGCAACAGCCAUAGUAGUUGCAGGAGCAAAUGGAUCAACAUACAUAGACAACUUAGACUUUGGAUCGUUGGUGGUUGUAGAUGAUCUUCUCACUGAAAUGCCUGAUCCCUCUUCCACCGUUGUGGGAAGGGCCAAAGGAUUCUAUGCCUAUUCAGAUGUUGACGCUAAUGCAGUUCACAUGGUGUUCUCCCUUGUGUUUCAGAACAAGAAAUAUAAUGGGAGGACCCUUGAAUUCCAUGGAACAGAUAUCCUCACGAGGUCCUUUUAG